CCAAUCAGUGUCACGGGGGGCUCCGUAGAAGCACAGGAUAGCAAGCAGUUCAAACAUUUGAGACUUUCCAGUAAUCACUCCUUCAUGGCUAUUGUGUUUUUAGGGCGCCCUAAUUGUAAGACUCAGAGGAUGAGGACACUCAGUGACAGCCAGGUAAGAGCAGAAAAGCAGGUUGAGCGAGGAUGACACUGCAUAUAGGAUUUAGCUUUAGACACCGAACACACAUAUGCUUAAUCGUGUCACAAAUCAAUUCUGCCGUGUCAGUUUGACGGUGCACUUUUGUUUUCUGAAGGCGUGUGUGUGUAUGGAGCUCGAUAGGCGUAGCUCCCCGAUUGCGCUUGUAUUUAUACUUUCCGCCAUCAUACUUUCACGUUGAUUCUCAUUUCUUUGAACCCUUGGGACAAAAUGUCGAGAAAGGUUGCUGUUGUCACUGGUGCGAACAAGGGCAUCGGAUUUGCAAUUGUACAGGGGUUAUGCAAAGCUGGGUAUGCUGGCGACAUUAUCCUCACUGCCCGCAACGACAAACUCGGGCAGGAGGCUGUGCAACAAGCGAAGUCCGAGGGAUUCAAUAACGUGCUGUUUCACCGUCUUGAUAUCUGCGACCAAAGCAGUGCAGAAGAACUCUGUAAAUUCCUGGAGAAGAAUUAUGGCGGUUUGGAUGUCUUGAUCAACAAUGCUGGGAUUGCAUUCAAAGAUUCUGCAACUGAACCAUUCGGAGAGCAAGCUGAGGUCUCCAUGCGGACCAACUUCUGGGGCACCCUGUGGGUGAGCAAGGCUCUCUUACCCCUGCUGAGGCCUAAGGCGCGAGUGGUCAACGUCUCCAGCUUCGUCAGCAAGAGCGCUCUGGGCAAGUGUAGCCCAGAGCUACAGGCAAAGUUCCGCAAUCCAGAUAUCUCAGAGGAGGAGCUGUGUGGACUCAUGGGAGAGUUUGUGGCGGCAGCUCAGAAGGGCGACCACGAAGCCAAAGGAUGGCCAAACACCGCCUAUGGUACUACUAAGAUUGGCGUGACAGUUCUGUCCCGGAUCCAGGCCCGUGUUAUGAGCCAAACGAGGGCAGGUGAUGGGAUCCUGCUGAACGCCUGUUGCCCUGGCUGGGUGCGCACAGAUAUGGCCGGACCCAAAGCCAUGAAAAGCCCAGAGGAGGGGGCCGAGACACCCGUGUACCUCGCUCUGCUCCCCGCCGGAGCCACUGAACCCCAUGGGCAGCUAGUGUGGGACAAGGUGGUGCAUGAAUGGUGAAAUACUGUACAAAUAAUAAAAUACAGUAAAAAAUACUAACCAAUAACUCCGUUAUCAGUGACCUAUUCUGCUUUGUAAAAUUAUUUAAACAUGGUUAUAGGAACAUGCAUAACAUUUUGCAUAACAGUAGCGGUGUGAGAAGGGCUUUUUUAAAGAGAGUAUAAAACAAUUUUACAAAUACUUGAAGUACAGAAAAUAACAUGCAAACUGUAAAUUUGUGCUUUUUUACUUUUCACUACGUUUUUGAGAUCUGAGUUUGUUUGCGUGAAUCGCACAAUAAGGUUAUGAGCUGAUUUAGAUAGUGAGAUAGUCAUUUAGAUAGUGAAAUAGAUCAUUUUAAAGCUUAAGCCAUGCCUAGAACCAGAGAAAUACACUAACCCCAGUAGUUUUGUAUAUUGUUUGUACACUGUUUCUUUACAAAUGAGUAGAAAUAAAUGACAACUUGAUUUUUCAGUA